AUGAAGCUCAUCACUUCAGUCUUCGCUGUCAUCGCAACUGGUGCCCUCACCGUUUCCGCCGACGUCGGCACUGUUCCCGUUUGGGGAUACCGUGCUAAUGACGCCAGCAUGGUGCACACGGCUAGCUGGACCACCAACUGGGCGGCAUGCGGUGGCGUCCGUCAGUCUCCUAUCGACAUCGUCACUACCGUCACGUCUUGUAAUAGUGAGAAGCUUCCGCUAAGCUUCAGUGGACGUUGUAGCCAGUUCAACCUGACGGAACCUCACGAACCACUCGAGGUGGACGUUUCGGGAGGCAACUGUGCUGUUUCGUUGAACGAGGAUACUUUUAACCUAGCGCAAUUUCAUCUGCACACGCCUUCGGAGCACACCGUGGACGGAAAGAACAUGGACGGAGAAAUCCACUUUGUGCAUGCGUCGGGUGACGGAAAGUCGCUUCUAGUGGUGGGCGUCUUUAUCCAGAUUGGUCCGAAAUCGGACAGUUGGUUGGGCCCUGUCCUGGACGCUCUGGAGAUGGUCAAUUCCACCACGCGAUCCGAUGCGAUUGUCGUGAACCUGAAAUCCUACUCGACGAUGGUGCGUGCGGCUGCAGCAGUCGGUGGUAUUUACAACUACCCGGGCAGCCUCACGACCCCGGGUUGCGAAGAGAAUGCUGAUUGGUGGGUGGUGCAGAACCCGAUCAAGAUCUCUUCUAUCGACUAUGGCCGCCUCCACCAGGACUUGGUGGAGUACCACAUCACGGACGACGGCAACAACGCUCGUCCGGUGCAGCCUCUAAACGGACGUACGGUCACUCGUUACAACUAA